AUGGCCAAUAACCCCACAUUCAAACCAUCGCCGUUAUCCUUUGGGUCGCCGAGGGCAUCCCCAUUCCGGCGUCCGUCUACUCCAAAGUCCCCGCCCUCGGCCACUCGCACAGGAGGCACACCGGGGAGCUCUCCUAACCGGGCAUAUACACCUAUGGUGUCUCCUAGCAAGCUCAAUCAAUCAUAUACAGUGGAGGAUGGUGAAUCGCGUCCUCCGAAGAACGAGCGGCCCAUUCCCCAGCCGAACUUUGGCAGAGAGCUCUCUCCUUCCCCAACAAAAGGAGCGCGGUCGCCGGGCAACUUAUCCCCGAUUGGGACAAGGAGGAGUGGCUUUGUAGCCCCAUCUAGCGAUGCGGCUGGAAAGCUAUCGGCGCAACAAGUGAGGGAGAUCAGAGAAGCUUUCCAGGUUCUCGAUCGGGAUAACGAUGGGCUUGUGGACAAAGAUGAUGUGAUUGAUGUUUUGACAACUUUGGGCCAAGACUCAUCCUCCUCCACACUCUCGCGUUUCUUCCCACCAGGAUCAGACCAGACUAUGAACUUUCCAACCUUUUUGAAUACACUUUCUGGGUUGAUGGCAUCAAUGUCACCUUCCCAGGAGCUCCUCAACGCUCUUGCUGCGUUCGAUGACGAGGACAAUGGGCAAAUCGACGUCGCUGAAUUACGGGAUGCUCUAUUACAUACCUCCCCAGAAGACGGAGAGGAACGAUUGACCGAAAGAGAGAUUGAUGAAGUCUUCAAUGGGUUUAUAGGGCGCCCGGCAUUUAUAGGUCGGGGAGCGAAGUCAGGCGGGAUGGGUAAGAGGGGCGAGGUUUUCCAGUACCACGACUUUGUGCGCAGCGUCAUGGGUGGAGAGAAUGGAAAUAAUGCGAAACAUGAAGGAGAUGCAGCACGGGUAUGA